GUAUGACAUGAAGCAACAUGCAGAUUGGAGGCGAAGAGCCAGAGCCAUCUCAACCCCACUCCCAACUAGGAUCUACAAACCAGCUCUUCAAGGAAAUGGUUUCCAAACGGAAAACAGGCUACAAAUGUCGUAUAGCAGGAGUGCUGCUUCUCCUCUUGGCCAGCAUUGCUGCCCUUAUUGCUGUCGCUGUCAUUCAGGACACCUGGAGGUCCGACAGGUACACUUUAGAGUACGGCAUAGUGAUAGACUCAGGUUCAUCACGUUCCAAUGUGUACCUGUACGAGUGGCCAGGGGAGAAGGAGAAUGAAACUGGAGUGGUGACUCAGAUAUUGAACUGUAGAGUUGCUGGUGCUGGUAUCUCAGAGAUGAAGGUCGACCCAGAGAAAGAUGCCAAAUCAUGGCAGGGAUUCAGAGACUGUAUGGUCAAUGUCACCAAAGCCAUACCUCCUGAAAAACACAAAACCACACCUCUGUUUCUGGGAGCUACUGCUGGAAUGAGACUGCUACAUGAAAAGGAUGAACAGAGGUCCAAUGAAAUCCUGGCAAGUCUGAGAGAUUACCUGUCGUCUUUGCCGUUCACCUUCCACAAUGCUUCCAUCAUUACUGGUGAAGAGGAAGGGCUGUAUGGGUGGAUCACUGUCAAUUACCUCAUGGGGAACUUCUUAGAGAAAAACAUCUGGAACACCUACGUACACCCAGAUGGGAAAGAGACUGUAGGGUCCAUGGACCUUGGUGGCGCAUCAACACAGAUUGCCUUUGCUGUCCCAGAUGAGCUCAAGGGGCCUGACUACAUGCAUGUCAAACUGUACGGUUACCCUUAUAAUGUAUACACACACAGUUUCCUCUGCUAUGGCAAAAAUGAGGCUGAGAAGAGGGUUCUGGACAAAAUAGUUCAGGAAUCAUCGAACCCAUCCUACAUUAUUAACCCCUGUUUUGCUGAAGGUCACAACCACACCAUGAACGCCUCAGCCAUUUAUGACACAGAGUGCACAAAGAAGCCAAAGAACUACAACCCAGAUCAACAGCUCUUCAUGGUGGGAGGAGGCGACUCGAAAGGGUGUGAAAGAGUAGUGAAGUCCAUAUUUGAUUUCAAGACUUGCUCCUCAUCCCAGUGUUCCUUCAACGGGGUCGAGCAGCCACCUGUCACCGGAGAUUUUAUGGCAUAUGCAGGAUACUUCUUCAUUGCUAGGGCGCUUGGCCUGGAAGGAUCAUCAGAUUUUGAUCAAUUCAACGCCUCAGUUGAGCAAUUCUGUCACACAAACUGGACAGUGCUGAGGGCAGAGAAGACAUGGAUCUCUGACAGAUACCUUAGGACUUACUGUUUUGCAGCUCACUACGUUUUUGCUUUGCUGGCAGAUGGAUACAAAUUUAACAAAGACACCUGGAAAAACAUUAACUUCCAAAAAGAGGUACAGAAGACCAGCAUAGGUUGGAGUUUGGGCUACAUGUUGAAAAUGUCCAACAUGAUCCCGUCUGAAGUGAAAGAAAUCCCCCCCAUGACGGACCCCGUCUUUGCCGGCCUUAUCUUUCUAUUUUCAGCACUAACCAUCAUAACUGUUGUCUUAAUUUUCAUCAUCCUCAUUCGCACCUGCUACUGAGAGUGUAAGUUACAAAGGGAAUGGCCUGCCAUUGUAAGCCACGGGGGCUGUCGGAAUCCUGUUAAUAGUGGGAGAGCACUGUAGCAGCAUGUGCCAAGGCACUUGUACUUAAAGUUACUAAUGAAAAUGUUUGUUUUUUUUAAGCUUGAGCCAUUUACUGCCUUCUGUUUCAAUUAUGAGAGUGACUGAAGUAAGAGCAUCAAAAUGAAAUUCUCUCACCGUGUGUUCUGCUGGUGACUUUUCAGCAUUGAGUAUUAAUAACAUUUUUUUUAUUUCAUACCUCAGGGAAACUCACGUAGAUUUAGGUAACGGGAAUUUUUUAUAUUCACUUUUUCAAGCUCUUCUAAAGGAAAAUAUUGUUUUACAGCCAAAAACAGGUGACAGUAGUUUACCUGAAUGCCGCACAGAUGAUGUAAAAGCACCUAAAAAUGUCUUGAAAUGAGGUCACAUAUACAUUCACACUGCGUGGUCACAGACACGCAUGAUAUAUAGGAGGAAAAAUAAUAAUUGAUCUGCUUUACAUAGAAAACUGUAGCACUUUGCCACACUUUACGUUAUUGUAGUGUUUUAUAUAAAAUACUAUAACUAUAGUUAUAGUUAUAGUGUAUGUGUAUAUAUAUAUAUAUAUAUAUAUAUAUAUAUAAUAUAUAUCAAUCAUACGGUGUAUAAACUUAUUGAAAACCAGAAGUACACAACAAUACUCCACACUUACUGAAUGAAAACCUCCCUUAUAAAAAUGUAUUGAUUUUGCUAUGUGCCAUUGUUUCAUUAUGAUUUUGCAAAAAUAAAUACAUCUUAUAUUAAGUCAUUUUCUUACAAUCUUUUUGCAAACAAUUAAAAAGAAGAUAUGUUUAAUUGUCUGAGUUUGGGACAACAGCUAACUGAUCACUGAAUAUUAGUAAGUGUUACAACAGUGUGUUUUUCUUGCAUUUUAUACAUCAUAUUAAGAAACAAACCUUGUGUUGCUCCAUUCCCAGGAAGGUUUUCAUUCUGUAUUCAAAGAGCAGAGUAUUGUUGGAUAAAUGUUAGAUAUAUAGAUACAUAUUUAUAAAUAGUAGUCUGAGCCUGGUGUAGUUUGAGAACACUGCACCAGAGAGUUAAAUAUAGUGUUGUGGAUAAGUCCUGUCAACGCUGAAGAUCCUCACGUUCUUCAGUCUUCAGUUUAUUCUACACUCGGUGUUUUUAUAUAUCAUGAAAGAUUGUGUCCAUAUGAAGCCUUUGAUGAGAGAUUUAUUUCAAUCAGCAGAGACUUUACAGAUGUUUACAGAUAUAAAACAUGGAUGACAAAAUGUCUGUUUGAGUUUUUUGGUGUUAACUCCAUUUGGUCAGUUUGGGAGAUGAGCCCCGAUCAGUCAGCAACAGAACCCAGAGAGCAAGUGGUGUAGUGGGGGGUAUAUGAAGGCAUAUCCACCUCUUUUUGUGGUCAUUUACAGCAGUGGUUUCCAACUGGUCCAACCAAGGGGUCCAGAUUUCACCUUAAUCAUUAGUUCAAGGUCCCACAGUUUAAUAGAUUCAGUGUUACACUUGUAUUUGGCCGUGCGUUGAGCUAGAUUGCUGUCUCUACCAAGUUGACAUCAUUGCGAGUCACCUGUUCCAUUCAGAAUGGGUCCGUACCACUUUUGGACCGCGACCCACCAGUUGGGAUCCACUUGUUUACAGUAUACCCACCUAUCAACAAGCCUGAUCUCACUCAGAAGUCGUCGAAAUCCGGCACUUGGGCAGUGACUUGCAGCAUCAGAAACAAACAAAAAAAGGCAUCUUAUAACGUCAGCAUGAUACGUGGGCGGUUGCCGUUAUAUUAAUGCCAUAGAACAAGGAUGAAAGUCCAACUGGGGCGAGUCCAAAAAACACAGAUUUUUACCCAAGAGAGCGGUGUUCGUCUCCCGCAAGAUUCUAAAGCCAAACCUUGUUCCUUUUUCCUAAACCUACCCAUGUGUGUUUGUUG